GUUUCUGACGUCCAUCCUGCCUUUCCAGCCUUCUUGUCGCAUCUGCAUCGAAGAUCUGCUGAAUUGGCGUCAAUUAUGCAGUGAGGACUUCGCGUGCCUUCAUGGCAUCGGCCUCCAGCCAGUCGGGCAGGCGCCCUGUGAAGGUGGCUGUCGUCCAGGCAGGCACGUACAUGUUCAACACGCCCAAGACGAUAGACACGCUGGAGCGGCUGACGGCAGAUGCCAGGCAGCAGGGCGCAUGUAUUGUGGUCUUCCCGGAGGCAUUCGUGGGCGGGUACCCCAAGUUCGCUGUAAGCACCAGAAAAAGACAGAGAAUAUGGCGAGGCCACUUACCCACCAGGUGAUAUCCCUCUGCUGUGAUCCCUCUGGUAGGACUUCGGUGUUCGUGUGGGCUCCCGAUCUGAGCAGGGACGAGACCUCUAUCGAUCAUACCACGACGCUGCAAUCACCGUGCCGUCAGCAGAGACCGACCGCAUCGGAUCCGUCGCACGGCAACACGGCAUUUAUCUUGUUGUUGGUGUCAUCGAGAAGGAUCAGGGCACCCUCUACUGCGCCGUCCUCACCUUCGCUGACACAGGAGAGCUCCUGGGCACGCACAGGAAGGUCCUGCCCACUGCGGCGGAGAGGUACAUCUGGGGGCGAGGCGAUGGCAGCACCAUGCCUGUGUUCGACACCAAUUGCGGCAAGGUGGGGGCUUGCAUCUGUUGGGAAAACUACAUGCCGCUGAUGCGGAUGGCCAUGUACGCCAAAGGCAUAGAGAUCUACUGUGCGCCUACGGGUGGGGUGGGAUGGGUGGAGGAAGUCCACACACAUAGAGAACAGCGGACAUGCCCUCUCUGCAAUGUGUGUGCCGUCUGCAGUAGACGACCGCGACACAUGGCUGAGCACUUGCCGUCACAUCGCCGUCGAGGGCCGCUGCUUUGUCCUCACAGCCGUGCAGCACUUCACACGAGACCACUGGCCAGACUGCGACCUCUCCGUGCCGGCGGCAACCGGCUCGUUAAGCGACGAUGGAUCAUCCGAACCCCGCCCUCUGAUCCGCGGCGGCAGCGCCAUCGUGUCGCCCUUUGGUGAGGUGCUUGCCGGCCCCCUAUUCAACAAGGAGGGUGUGCUGGUGGCGGAGAUCGAUCUCAAUGACGUCACCAGGGGCAAACUCGACCUCGAUGGUGAGUGAGCUAGAGGGGGGAUAUAAUGGCGCAUCAUGUGUUUUGAUGUGAUGUGUGGGUUUUGGUCAGUGAGCGGUCACUACGCGCGGUCCGACAUCUUUCAGCUGACUGUCGACGAGCGGCCCAAGGCGUCUGUGACCUUUUUUGCGGCCGACUGAGGCGCAGGCAGCGACUUUUUCUGUUGCUGAUGCCGCUUAUGGAUGUCACUGACACGUGGCUGGGAAGCACUGUGUUUUCUGACCGGUCUUGUCUCUCUGUGUGUUGCCGAGAGGUACACUCACUCUUCACGAACCCUUUACUUGUGCUUCGAUCGGUCGUGUUUGGCCGACCCAUUUCUGUGUGUCGAGAACGGCUGCUGUGCACUACUAUAAGCCGGCAGACGACGUACAGACGACAUACAUGGCCCUUUUUUUAUUGGGUGCGAUGCUCUGAGAUGCAGAGGUGAACGACUACUGGGCGUACACGAUAGGCUCCCCGGCAUGACUGAUGUGCGUGUAGUACUCGUCUACCGGCCGGUCCAUCGGUGGUGACUGCACUGUGGAUGAUGCACAUCCGUACGAUUGUGUUCGCGCGUUGUCGAGUGCGGUACGACCAGUAAGUAUUUUUUUUAUUGUCGUAUUUGGUCCGUGGAGGCGCCAACUAUGCCUCUUGUGGGGGCCUCUCAGGACCACUUCGACCAUAAAGAUACAC